CGGGAUGCGCCGCAGCGAAUGGUCGCGCGGGGCUCCGCUCUGAGUGACCUUUCACCCGCGCCCAGCGGCCUCGGGCGGCGGCACAAGGCGGAAGCCAUGGCGGAGGCGGCGGGCGAGGCGGGCGCGAGCGAGCGGGACCCAGACGCGGGCCGCGCGCGCCGGCGGCUGCGGGUUCUGUCGGGCCAUCUGCUGGGCCGGCCCCAGGAGGCUCCGAGUACCAAUGAGUGUAAAGCGCGGAGAGCCGCGUCGGCGGCCGGGGCGUCGCCCGCCGCCACUCCCGCCGCGCCGGAGUCGGGCACCAUCCCCAAGAAGCGGCAAGAAGUUAUGAAAUGGAAUGGAUGGGGCUAUAAUGAUUCCAAGUUCUUCUUUAAUAAGAAGGGCCAGGUUGAGCUGACUGGGAAAAGGUACCCUCUCAGUGGCUUGGCUUUACCAACUUUGAAAGACUGGAUCCAGAAAACCCUUGGAGUAAAUCUGGAGCAUAAAACUACCUCUAAAGCAUCCUUAAAUCCUAGUGAAGUACCUCCCUCUAUUGUAAAUGAAGAUUUCCUUCAGGAACUUAAAGAAACUCGUAUUUCCUACUCACAGGAAGCAGAUGAUCGAGUGUUCAGAGCUCACGGUCAUUGUCUUCAUGAGAUAUUUUUGCUCAGGGAAGGGAUGUUGGAGCGGAUUCCUGAUAUAGUUGUUUGGCCAAUGUGUCAUGAUGAUGUAGUUAAGAUUGUGAAUCUAGCGUGCAAAUAUAACCUUUGUAUCAUACCGAUUGGUGGAGGAACAAGUGUGUCAUAUGGCUUGAUGUGUCCUGCAGAUGAGACAAGAACAAUAAUUUCUUUGGAUACUUCACAGAUGAACCGGAUUCUCUGGGUUGAUGAGAACAAUCUGACAGCUCAUGUAGAGGCUGGGCUAACAGGACAAGAGUUGGAAAGACAGCUUAAAGAAAGCGGUUAUUGUACAGGUCAUGAGCCAGACUCCCUGGAAUUCAGCACUGUGGGAGGGUGGAUAGCCACUCGGGCAUCAGGCAUGAAGAAGAACAUCUAUGGCAAUAUUGAGGACCUGGUGGUUCAUAUAAAAAUGGUAACCCCUAGAGGUGUAAUAGAGAAAAGCUCCCAAGGACCUCGUAUGUCAACAGGCCCUGAUAUCCAUCACUUCAUCAUGGGAUCUGAAGGAACUCUUGGUGUAAUAACAGAAGCUACAAUAAAAAUCAGACCAAUCCCUGAAUACCAAAAGUAUGGCUCGGUAGCUUUCCCUAAUUUUGAACAAGGAGUAGCCUGUUUAAGAGAAAUUGCAAAGCAGAGGUGUGCUCCUGCAUCGAUCCGCCUCAUGGACAACCAGCAGUUUCAGUUUGGUCAUGCUCUUAAACCUCAGGUCUCCUCUAUUUUUACAUCAUUUUUAGAUGGAUUAAAAAAGUUUUAUAUUACAAAGUUUAAAGGAUUUGAUCCAAAUCAACUAAGCGUAGCCACAUUACUGUUCGAGGGGGACCGUGAGAAGGUUCUUCAACAUGAAAAACAAGUCUAUGACAUUGCUGCAAAGUUUGGUGGUCUGGCGGCUGGAGAAGAUAAUGGACAGAGGGGUUAUUUGCUGACUUACGUCAUUGCGUAUAUGCGUGAUUUGGGUUUGGAAUACUAUGUAGUAGGAGAAUCUUUUGAGACUUCUGCUCCUUGGGACAGGGUUAUAGAUCUGUGUAGAAAUGUCAAAGAGAGGAUAAGAAGGGAAUGCAAAGAAAAGGGUGUUCAGUUCGCACCUCUUUCUACAUGCAGGGUGACGCAGACGUAUGAUGCGGGUGCAUGUAUCUACUUCUAUUUUGCCUUUAACUACAGGGGAAUUAGUGACCCACUGACUGUGUUUGAGCAAACUGAGGCAGCUGCUAGAGAUGAAAUCCUUGCCAAUGGAGGGAGCCUGUCACAUCACCAUGGAGCUUCUAACUGUAAGCGAUCAGAGAAGCUCCGAAGUCCUAACAUGAAGUGUGUUGCUCCACGUGGAGCUGGGUUUGCUGUCACUGUCAGAACACAUGAUGUAGAGGGACCACUUCACACUGCGUGACAGUGCUUGAGCAGCCAGCUCUGCCUGUGGGAGGUGUAUCCCGUCUGAGGAGCGUGAGACAGCCAUGAAGAUAGCGAUAGUAAUCUUGAGGGGUUUCUCCUGCACUUAAUCUUCAGUGAUUUUGAUUUUACCCAGGGCUCUGCUUGUGGCGGGGAGCACAGAAGGAGCACAGCGGGUGCAGAUUAGGACUGGAGACUCUGAGCUUCUGCCUGUGGCUUUGUCCGUUGUGGGGGCUUGGCUUGGCUCAGGUCUUUAUGUUCCAAUAGGAGCCAUCUGCCUACAAAUUCAUUUAAUUCUUUCUCUUUACUGAAAAAAAAAAUAUACAAUGAGAGGAAAAUCCAGAAAGUAUAAAUAAAAGGUUUUCUUCAAUUGUUGAAGUAUGUGUCUGACGUGAAGGAUGUAACCCAGCUUUCUGUUCCUUAAGCCAAAUAGUGUUCGUCUUCAGUGUGAACCUGAACUGUAAAAACUGCUUGUAUAAUGUCAAGAGAUUAUAGAAACAUUAUUAAUAAAAUGAACAUGGCUUAUGAUUUUUUAAUCAAAAGGAGGUGUGAAGCUGUUUUUUAUUCUGUUUGCAUAUGUUUUCAACUUUUUUCACUUCAUAUUUCCAUAGAUUUGAAAAUAAAAAAUAAUUUUUGUAAGUUUACUAAUGUUGCAUAAUCUAGACAACCUAACUCUGACUGAAUCCCUUUGGCUUAUGACUGAAUAUGUCAUAAUUCGGUUGCAUCAGUCUCCAGGUUUUUUUAAUCAAUAUUAAACCUUUAGGUGGUGUUCAGAGCAUUCCCUUUCAAACCUGAAGGCCACAGUGAACAUCCUCACAUUCUCUAAAUAAGUACAAUCAAUUCCUUAAUAGAGGGAGUAAAGAUCACUGAUGUAUACCACUCUCGAGCCAAAGAACACUCACAGAAUUACACCUAGUUCUGUGAAUAUGAAAAGACUUUUUGUUGUUGUUGUUCCCAAAGGAUAUUGUUUUAUUUUUAAAGAGGAAAUAAGUAAUACAUUGUCCGGUGGUUUUUUUCUUUCUUUCUGGAUACUAGGGGCUUACUUCCUGAGAGCAGAGAUUGCUCAGCUGCACGUGCCACGUGGAUGACAUUGUUAGUGUUCCCAGCAGCACACACUCACCCUGAAAUACCCUUACCCCGGACUGUUCGCAGAGGGCUGCAAUGCCUGAAUCAGUGUAGUUUAUCUAAAUGGGUUUUUAUUAAACACUGUCCUUUUAAAGCUCACAGUGCCUUGGGAUUUUUCUCUUUUCUUCCAUGAAACAUUUAAAACGAGAGAGGGUAUGCUGUAAAGACAGAGAGGGUUUAGCAAUUCAGGGUUCUCUCCAAGAACACAUCAGAAUUUGGUGAUUGUAUGUAGAAACACUGUUUUGUGUUGGUUGGGUUAUCUAUAUAUUUAAUCAGUUAUAUGUUUAACCUGGACUCAGACAUCCAGUCAGUCAGUGGGAUGGAUUUGUGUCUGCUUUUCAUUCCUGCUGUCCCACCCAUGUAACCCUUAGAUAGGGCUUGGCAAGUCUUGAGACACCCACUGUAUGCUUUUGACUUUGUUUACACAGCUCCCUAAGGAAGCAGGGUACUAGACCUUAUGCUCCAUGUCUGUCUUUGUGCGUGUGUGUGUGUGUGUGUAUGAUGCCUUGGGAAUAAUGAGUAUUUUGUUCCUGGGCAGUAAUAAAUCCUGUGAGAAGUAGGUUUGUUCUAUACAGCUUUGUUCUUUUUUUGCUAAGUCUGUGAAAUAAUUUGCUCUGAUACAACUUAACUUGAAUAAUACCUUAUCCUGAGUCUUCCUCCAUGGCAGUACAUGUUUCUGCCAGUACUGUGGUCAUUUUUUGGGAAUUACAUGUGGGUAAAAUGUAUGUGUAAGCCAUUAUUCCACUGUCACUAAUGCAUAGGCAGCAGUUCUUCCCUUCACACUUAGAGUCUAAAAGUGGGUGUGAAGUGGGGGGUAACCUUUCCGAGAGUUUCUAUAGAACUUGUCAAGUUCACACUGAGCCAUGCCAUUUGUCUCCACAAGGGCUCAAUGCAUAAUCCAUAUCCCAUGCUUUGGUGUAUGUUCAGAAUUUCCUUUUAUUGAUUUUUCAUAGACUGUGUUGUUUCAGAACAAAAAUGCCCAUGUGUGAUUUUUAAAAGAUGUGCU